UCCUAGUAUUCGGGGUGCUCGAUUUUUAUGUGGUAUCCCUGUGUCAUACGAUAAAUGGCGGGAAAAUAUCGCGUGUCGCGCGCGCCUUUUAUGAAAAAAAAAACUCCUUUCGUGUCGAGUAAAAGAUGAAAUCUGUUUUACUCUUACUCGUUUUCCUAUUUUUCUCAUUAGGGUUUGCUUCUCUAGACACUGAUUUUGCUAAUUCAGCUUAUCUUGACAAUGGUAAAAACUUUGAACUUUUCUGGACGGUCCACAAAGAAGAAAAAACAAUUUCCUUUGCUGCCAAAGUAAAGACACUCGGAUGGUUGGGAUUCGGAAUUUCCGCAGGGACGGGGAACAUGGUCGGCUCCGACGUUGUCAUGGGCUGGGUUAAAGAAGGCAAAGGAUUUUUACAGGAUCGCUAUGCAGAAGCAAAAGCUCUUCCUGUUUUGGAUAAUCAACAAGACUAUAAAUUAGACGAUGCAAGUGAAGAAGGAGGAUACACGAUCCUUAAAUUCACACGAAAAUAUGACACUUGUGAUGCUAAACAAGAUAACCAAAUCAAGGCUGGGACAGUGCGAGUGGUGUAUGCCUUUCAUGCGGAUGACCCCACAUCUGACUCAGACUUCAGCAAGCACACCCAUAGAGGGUCUCGCAGCUUGCUUUUGUUAAAUGUUCACACAGAGAAACCUGAGAUCCCCAAUGACCUGCAGCACUUUGACAUAUUGCACAAUAUCACUGUUCCUUCUGCCACAACCAGCUACAUGUGCAAACCAUAUGUGUUUCCUUUGUUUUCUGAAAAGCGUCAGAUCAUCAAGGUGGAACCUAUCGUCACCCCUGGUAACGAAGGCUACGUGCACCAUACAGUAGUGUAUGGCUGUAAGAGUACUUUCAACCCUAAUCUCACCACCGUUACUGGGCCAUGUUACGAUCGUAUCAACAUGCCGCCGGAUAUAACAUCAUGUGCAGGGCAGUCAAGUCUAUGGGCAUGGGCAGUGGGGGCUGGACCCUUCUUCUACCCCAAGCACGUAGGGUUCGCGAUAGGAGCAGGCCAUGGUCCACGUUAUGUUGUCAUGGAGGUGCAUUAUGACAACCCUAGUAACACUGAAGGCGUAGCUGAUUACUCCGGUUUGCGGUUCCAUCACACGGCACAGACUCGCAUGUACGAUGCAGGGAUGAUCUGGGCUGGAUGGGCGCCAUUUGAUGCCAUGAUUAUACCACCACAGCAGAAAGAAUGGAUCUCUGUUGGAUACUGCAGUGGCGAAUGCACUGAGGCUGGUUUUGCUCAAAGCACGUUGCCGGACAAAGGCAUCAACAUAAUUGCCAUUCUUCUUCACACCCAUCUCCAAGGCGUUAAGAUCUGGACCCGACAUAUUCGCGACGGAGUUGAGCUACUAGAAGUUGCAAGGGACGACAAUUAUGACUUCAACUUUCAGGAAUUCCAGGUUCUGCCCGAGGAAGUCCACGUUAAACCGGGGGAUGACCUUGUUCAAGUGUGCCACUACCAGACGAUGGAUAAGACCGAGCCUGUUGUGGGUGGCCUGGGUACUCCUGAAGAGAUGUGUAUGGCGUUCAUUGUUUACUAUCCGAAGGUUGAGUUGACAAAGUGUUGGUCAGUUAACGACGUGCGCCUAGAUCUCGGCAAUGAUCCGAGUAAUAUGAGCUGGACUGAAGACCAAGUGCGGGAAUACAAAGAUCUGCUACAAAACCAGACCACCAUUGUAGCUCAGUGUUCCAACGAUGAGAGUGAACCGCUCCCGAUAAACGUGAUCCCCAAGCCUAAGAUAGUGACUCCACUUGUGACUGAUCAUGACCCCUGUCUGGAUUCAGUGGCUGGCUUCUCACGAUCCUCAUCGCUGGUCAGCUCUUCCGUGGUUCACAAUAUUGUCCUGGUAUUCUUGAUUUUUGCUUAAUCCCGUCGUUCAUGGGGCGGUUCCACAUUAUUUACAGGGAAGGAGUCCGCAUACGGUAUUGAUGUUGCAAUCAUUAAAGUCCUUCCAUUAUUUCUGUGUAAUAUUUAAUCGACUGGACAAACUGAACAAUGUAGUUGUAUAUUUGGAAAGAAAUGGACUCGUUGAUCAUUUAGCAAGAGUCGCUUUUUGAUAUUUUCUUCAGAAUUAUUAAAUUGUCAUUUUGUGGG